GGGAGGCAGUGGUUAUCAGAUGUGUGAGCGCACGAGGGCCGCAGACGUGCUUCACACAUCGCCGGAGGAGAACAUCCCGCAGCCAUCUCCCAGAUGGACCCCCGACGGCCCGUGCCGUUCUCCCCCGCCGUGGUUCACCUGUUUGCGGCCCUGAUCUUGAGCUUCUCCAGCCUGCCCUCCGAAGCCCUGGCCCAGGAGCCCGGAGGACGGAGCCCACCGGGAGAGGCUAUUGGAUGCGAAGGUCAACAGGUCGACAUCUGUGGGGUGUGUGCAGGUGACGGCUCAUCCUGCGAGGUGGUCAGCGGAACCUUUUCUCGGUCCAUACUCUCCAUGGGCUAUCACAGAAUCCUCGAGAUCCCCAUCGGAGCUCAAGAGCUUAAGAUACAGGAGACAGUCAAGAGCAGGAACUACCUGGCAAUCCGGACCAGCACGGGUGAGUCUGUCAUUAAUGGGAAUUGGGUCAUCGACAGGCCAGGCAUCUUCUAUGCUGCUGGGACCACACUAACAUACCGGCGACCGAAUGAGAUACGUAGCAAGACAGGAGAGUCCAUUACUGCACCAGGACCAACCCAACAGGAGCUCCAUAUCUACAUGAUCUACCAACAGCCUAAUCCCAGCAUUUAUUAUGAGUACGUUCUCCCAAGGGCCAACAUCCCUGACUCGGAGGAAACCCCAGGUCCAGAUAUCCGUCCCAUUGAGCCUCUGGGUUUAUAUCCAUUGGAGGAACAGGGAUUCGUCCAUCCUGAUGCCAGCGGAAAAGAAAAUUCAAUUGGCGGAGUUCACUCUAACCACGUCCUCUCCGAGACCUCCCCUCCAACUGCUGACGGCCCUAGUGGGAAACUCUACCCAGGCCUGCUUCCCCCUUACAUAUGGAGUGCCACUGGGACCACUCCGUGCAGUGCCACCUGUGGCACAGGCAGACGUCACGUCGUCUUCGGCUGCGUGGAGCAGCUCACCCUGACACCGGCUCCAGCUGACUUCUGUGAGCCCACCCAGCUCCCGGGCCCCCGGGAGGAGCACUGUCACACCCAGCCCUGCCCUGCCUUCUGGGAUGUGGGGGAAUGGUCCGAAUGCAGCAAGACCUGCGGGCCCGGGUUCCAAAACCGACAGGUCUUGUGCAGGCGGCCCCUUGGAAACCAGAGCACUGGCGUCGUGGGCCCAGAGCAGUGCGGGCAUCUGGAAUCGCCCGAGACAAUCGUCUCGUGCCAGCUGAAGAUCUGCAGUGAGUGGCAAAUCCGCUCUGAGUGGACUUCGUGCUCCGUGCCCUGUGGCGUAGGACAGCGCACUCGAGAAGUUCUCUGCGUGGACAACCUGGGGGACGUGGUUAUGGACGAGGAAUGCAACAUGAAGCUCCGGCCACCUGACGUGGAGAACUGCGACAUGGGGCCGUGCGCCCGCAGCUGGUUCUUCAGCCCCUGGAGUGAGAGGUGCUCUGCGGACUGUGGGGAGGGCCGGCGCAGCCGUUCCGUGGUGUGCUUGACCAAUUAUAUCAGCAGCCUGCCGCUGGACGGCUGCGGGGACGAGGUGCCGGAUGAAAGCUCUCUUUGCGACAUCGGCCCAUGUCAUCACAAGUUCGAGUGGUACACGGGGCAAUGGGGGCAGUGCUCCGCCGAGUGUGGGAACGGCACACAGACCCGCAGUGUAGUGUGCAUGCUUCACAGCGACGGCCACUUGGACGUGGCUUCACCCUCCAACUGCAGCCACCUACCCCGCCCCACCAGCACACAGCCCUGCUUCCUCAAGAGGUGUGGAGCCACGUGGUACGUCACCGAGUGGAGUGCGUGUUCUCGCUCAUGUGAUGGGGGCUACCGCGUGCGGGAGGUGCGCUGUCUGGCAGAUGACAAAACUAUAAGCAUUGGCUGUGACCCCACCCUUGUACCCAAAGAGCGGGAAGAGUGCAACAUGCAGGCUUGCAUCCCAGAAAUUGACGAGAAUUGCCGGGACAUGUACUACAACUGCAACGUGGUGGUGCAGGCGCGCCUCUGUGUGUACUCCUACUACAGGAGAGCCUGCUGCGUGUCCUGCACGCGGGUCAGCCGCAGGGAGUCCCAGCUCAGGAGGAGGUGAUCGGAAACAGAGAGCAACACCUAACAAAGCAGAGACGUUUAAUCAUGGCCGUAAUUUCCACCAUGGGAUUUUUAAUUACCCUUUCUCGUGACAUUUCUUUCCUUUAUAGAGAGAGCGAGAUGGUUACCUAGUCCUAAAAACAAACAUGCACACACAUUCCCGACAGCGUUCUCACUAAAACUUUCCUCAACAUAAGUUGUUUAAAACUAAUAACUCUCAACACAUUAUGAAUACAUUUGUCGGUAUGCUCAGUUCAAUCCAAGUUGGUUUUACACAUCUGGAGGAACUACCCUUGAGAGUCUCUUCUGGAAAUAACAAAACAGGGAUAUUUAUUUCCAAAUAAAAUGGCUUUGUUGCUUCAAGGCAAUAUGUGACAAAAUGAUGAUAAAAUACCACUAGCUAGGAUGACUAUAAUGGUCAGCAGUUGCUAGAGGGCAAGCAGAUGCUUCAAAAAAAUAAAUCAGAACUGCUUUGAAAUGAUAUGAGAACUAGGAUAAAAAGGCAGAGCAUUUGUUCUGUUAAUGAGAAGCAGAAUCAGAACUGUGUGUGUG